GAGAGAGAGAGAGAGAGAGAGAGAGAGAGAGUUGAAGGCAACGUUUUUGGACUUUCUUCAGUCUUCUCCGAUGGGCAUCUGCUUCUGGGUUGGAGUCCUGGACAAUUCAGGCUCCUCCCUUUCAGUUGAUAAACCGGACGAUAUUCUCACGUCAGAAGACGGUGCUUUUUCCGCGGGCUUUUAUCCGGUUGGAGAAAACGCUUAUUGUUUUGCCAUAUGGUUCAGCAAACCCUCUUGUAGUAUCCACAACUGCGCUGUAGUUUGGAUGGCAAACCGUGACCGGCCCAUCAACGGAAGAUCCUCAAAGCUUUCUUUAAGAAAGAAGGGUAACCUUGUACUGAUCGAUGCUGGUCGGAAAGUUGUUUGGGCCACAAAGACCGAGUCACCCUCCGGGUCAUCAAGGAAGUUGCUGCAACUCCUUGAGACGGGCAAUCUUGUCCUUCGUGACAAGCAGCACAUUAUUUCAUGGCAAAGCUUUGACUCGCCGACCAACACGCUUCUUCCACUACAAAAGCUCACUAGGAACACCCCGCUCGUUUCCUCUCGAAGCAAGAACAACUUUUCUUCUGGCUAUUACAAGCUUUAUUUUGACAAUGAUAACCUUCUUCGACUUCUCUUUGAUGGCCCGAUGAUUACCAGUGUCUAUUGGCCAGAUCCCUGGCUUAGUAGUUGGCAAGCUGGAAGAACGACUUAUAAUGACAGUAGAGUUGCAAUGCUUGAUCCCUACGGGAAUUUCACUUCAUCUGAUGAUUUCAAAUUCUUAACAUCCGAUUAUGGUGCAAAAAUUCAGAGAAGAUUGAUGGUCGAUCAUGAUGGUAAUGUUCGAGUAUAUAGUCAAUCGGAAGGAGAGGAGUGGACAGUUUCAUGGCAAGCCAAGUCUGAACCAUGCGCAAUUCAUGGCAUUUGUGGACCUAAUAGUAUGUGUACAUACCACCCUAAGGACGGAAGAAGUUGCAUUUGUGCUCCCGGACAUGCAAGGGAAAGCCUUUCGGACUGGACUCAAGGAUGCAAGCCUAAAUUCAGCAGCUUCUGUGACAGCAAAGUCGAAACCGAAUUCAUCAAGUUACCACAUGCCGAUUUUUAUGGGUACGAGAAAGAUUUGUAUAAGAAUUGCACUCUUGAAGAGUGCAAGAAACUAUGCUUGGGUAUGUGCAAUUGCUUGGGUAUACGGUAUAACGACUCUGUAUGUUUCCCCAAGUUGAAAUUGUUAAAUGGCCGACAUUCACCCAGUGUUACUGGGGACAUCUACUUCAGGGUCCCAAAAUCCAGUCUCUCCUCAUACAAAAUACCAAAGAUAGAGUAUGCCGCUCUGCAAUGUCCAGGCAAAGAAGUUUUGCUACCAAGGACUUAUGUAAAAACAAAUCAGAGUUGGGCAAUCAAGAUUUUGCUCGUUUUUGUUGGGGCAACAGCUGGAAUGGAGGCCACACUGGUACUCAUAAUUUGCUGCAUGUUAUAUAGAAACCGCCCAGAGAAAGAUGGAGCUCACAUUGAUGGAUACCACGCCGGGCCGACCGGGUUCAGACGAUUCACAUACAAUGAGCUAAAGAAGGCAACAUGGAAUUUCAGUAAAGAAAUUGGAAGAGGAAGUGGAGGAAUUGUAUUCAAGGCCGUGUUGUCAGAUUGCAGGGUUGCAGCGGUCAAGCAGCUGCAUGAGGCUAACCAAGGAGAGAAUGAGUUUCUGGCAGAGGUGAGCACUCUAGGAAAUCUUAACCACAUGAACUUGAUUGACAUGUGGGGAUACUGCGCAGAAGGAAAGCACCGGCUUUUGAUCUACGAAUUCAUGGAACAUGGUUCCCUAGCGGAAAAUUUGUCUUCUCCAACUGAACUCGAUUGGUCCAAGAGGUUCGAAAUUGCGGUAGGAUCAGCCAGGGGACUUGCUUAUCUUCACGAAGAGUGCUUGGAUUGGGUUCUUCAUUGUGAUGUGAAGCCACGGAACAUUCUCCUUGAUUCCAUGUACCAACCAAAGGUGGCGGAUUUUGGACUAUCGAAGAUACUCAAGAGAGAGGGCCCGAAGGAUUCAAGCUUCUCAAGAAUUAGAGGAACAAGAGGCUACAUGGCUCCUGAAUGGGUUUACAAUAAGCCAAUCACCUCCAAAGUAGACGUGUACAGUUAUGGGAUUGUUCUGUUGGAACUCGUGACUGGCAGGAGUCCAAGAGGAGGGCUUGCAAAUACCGAGGGUGGUGAUGAGAAUGAGAGCAAAAGGUUCACUCCUUGGGGGAGAGAGAGGAGGAGAACAGGAGUUCCAAUGGAAACAUGGAUAAAGGAAAUUGUGGAUCCAAGGCUGAUAGGGGAAUGUGACAAUAGGAAGAUUGAAGUUUUGGUUGCAGUGGCUGUUCGGUGUGUGGAUGAAAACAGAGAUGCAAGGCCUACCAUGAGCCAGGUGGUUGAGAUGCUUUUGCAUUACAGAGAUGAAGAUGACACGGUACAAAUAUAGGUUAUCUUACCCCUCUCUCUAGAAUAAAUUACGACUAUAAGGUAAUGAUCUUUGCAUAUUUACAGGUAUAAUGUAAUAACAGUCACUAAAUAUUUCCAAGUAUUAGUUAUUAGUCUUGGGAUGUAUGAAGUCAUGAAAGUAUAUUAGUUAUUAGUCUUGGGAUGUAUGAAGUCAUGAAAGUAUGUUAAUUUACCUGUGUUUCUGCUACU